UACGAUGUUUUCAAACCUAAUUGGAUAGAUUUAAAAUGGAUGAAAAUAACUCGUCAAAUUCUGUUGACAUGGAAUUUUCAUAUGGAACAGGUUUUGAUUCAUUGGAUAUUUUUAAGGAAGAAGAUACUUUGAACAUUAUAAAGGAUAUGGUGCCUCUGGAAAUGCAGAACUUUUUCGAGGAUAUUGAUCAAAUGGAAUUCUCUGAUGAAGCCCUGUCAAAUAAUUUGUUACACGAUUGUAAUGUGGACACAUUAAAUUUCAUUGAACCUAAUUUAUUACUGCAACCGAAAGUGUCUAGUCCAGAUUUAGUUAAUAAUACUGGAAAAAGUUGUACCAACAGUUACAGCUCUUCAGAUCCUUUGAUGGCUGGCCAUUUAAAUCAUGUCGCUGCUUUACCUUCUCCAAGUCAUGCAGUUGAGUUCAAUUCGUCGUCUAAUAGCUUGCCUUUGGAUCAAAAAUGGAUAAUGAGAAAUGAACAAAAUCCAGUGCGAAGUAAUCAAGUUGUCGAUAAGCCGAAAGAGUUUUGCAAUGUUAAUCCUGUAAAAGAAGAUAAACCCGAUUAUUCUAAAAAUGACUGUUACAAAUCCAAUGUCUUGGAAAGUGUUCAGAACCAUAUACAAUCUGUUGAAUUCAGAAGUGAUGUGUUGAAAAAAGGCAUUUAUGACAAUGAAAAGGUAAGCCAAGCAAAUAUAACUAUCCAAGAUUUGAAGGACAUACAAUCAGCUCAACAUGUUUUGAUACAAAGAAAUCCAACGAUUAUGUAUGCCACUCCACCUACUUCUUCUGCGUCCUUUGCUGCUGGUCCUCCAAUUAUAUCACAAAUACCUGUCAUAUUUGAACCAACUGUAAACGUUUCUUGCACUCUACCCAAAGUGGGAAACAUCUCAUCGGUAGAGAAUAAAGUGCCAAUUAAUCGAAUUCAACCAAAAAAAAAAGAAGUCAAAAGGUCGGCUCAUAAUGCUAUAGAGCGGCGUUAUCGUACUUCAAUAAAUGACAAAAUUUCGGAACUAAAAAAUCUUAUAAUAGGGGAAUCUGCAAAACUCAACAAAUCGGCAGUUUUGCGCAAGUCAAUUGAUAAAAUACGCGAUCUUCAAAAGCAAAAUUCUGAGAUGCGUGAUGAGAUACAGAGACUUCAAAAUGAGCUUGUAAACCGAAGCAGUUGCAAUGUUAAAAAUCUACUCAACUCAACAAAGAUCAAUAAAGUUGAUAAUAGGAAUAAGCCAUUAAUAACGAAUGAGUUCUCACAAAAACAAAGAAUUAUUACGCCACCAUGUAGUGACGAGUCAAAUGCCUCACAAUCUCCAACACACUCUGAUAUUUCUUUACCGUGUUCCCCAGUUAACGGGUCUGUUAAAAGCUUUAAUUCAUAUAAAAUGAAAAAUGUGUCAACUGCUAUUCGUGAUAUGUCACAUUCACGAUUAACGUUAUGCAUAUUUAUGUUGGCUUUUAUCACAAUAAACCCAUUUAAGAUAUUUCUAUACAGACCUACUGAUACUAUGAGCACUCUCGGAAAUUAUGGAAGUAUUGAUGAUACUCAUCACCGCCGUAUUUUAAACUUCAACGAUGAUAAUACAAAUAAUGAUUUUAUUUGGAAAAUCUUUUGGGGCCCUUUAUUCUUGUGGUUUGUUAACUUGAUGGUCAUGUUGGUCUGCUUCGUAAAACUGAUUGGUUUUGUAAAUCCAUUAGGAAAUACAACUGCUGUCGAAUUCAAAACACGAAAGGAGUGUGGAGAUAAACUUUUCGAAAAGGGCUAUAUGGAAGAUGCUUACUUGGAGUAUAUAUCUUGCUUGAAAAGCCUUGGAGUAACGUUGCCGACAUCCACUUUUGACUUUAUUAUAUUGACAACCUGGCAAUUUAUUCGUAUAUUUAUUGGUCAUCUAAAGAUUAACUGCAAAUAUACAAAAUCUGUCUCAAGAUUACGCAACGAUGAGGACAGUCAUUCAAAUACUAGAACAGCGAGGAAUUUGGCCAUUUUCUUCAACAGGCUGAAUCAGUUGCAUUUAACAACUGAAAACAACCCCAAGCAUAGCCUGACAUUAUCAUUAUAUGCAUUAGAUAUGGCCCAAUUAUCUCAAGACACCCUCACAAAUGAAGAAUUGGUCGAUAUUUACUUAAUAACGACUUUAAUGGUAAAACAAAACUAUCCUAGAUCAUUGAAGUUAUUUGUACGAUAUUGCAUUAAAAAGGGGAAACAAGAGUGGUUUAAGUCUGCAGGAAAGUCGAGUCAAUAUAAGUGGAUAUUUACUCCAUUCGGAACACAAUUUUUAAUUGAUCAUGAAUUUGAUUUAAACAACAAUUUACAAUCAAAUAAUAUGUUUAUACAAUUGUCGAACAGUGCGAAUCCUCUAACAUACUUAUUAAAGAAUUAUCAAGAAUAUUUGCUUCAUCAAGCUAUUCAAUGUCUGGUUGGAUCCAUCCAAAUUUCUGAUAAAAAAAGAACAAAUCUUAAGGCAUAUGAUAUAGGAGAUAACACUGUGGCUAGUAAUGCACUGACUUUUGUUUCUUUGCUGCGUGAUUCCAUUUCUGCUGAUUGCAGCAAUGAAAAAAUUGAGUGGUGGGUUAACAUUCUUGAAGUUUCUGUUUAUUGGUUAUUAGGUGAAGAUGAAAAAGCCGAAAAAUCAUAUCAACGUGCCAGACUUUUACCGAAGGAACUUGAGACAAGCAACGACAAACUGCCACAAGCUUUACACUUGGCAUUGGAAGCAAAAUUUUUAUCACUACAGUAUAGUGGAGGCUUCUACAAGCGUGGUUCUCAAAGUAUAAUAGAUAUCUGCAAUCGAUCCAGUAACUGUCUUCAAGAAUCUUUAACAUUUAAUAAAAUUACAAGUGUGAAAAAAAUUAAAUUGUUAUUUCAAUUGCUAACUUGUGAUUGGGUGCUUGAAACAAGAACCCAGCUUUGGGAGACGGAAUACAUGAACGCUGAUCAAAUUCUGUGCAAACAAGUUCCCAGCGAUUAUUUGGAGAAAUUUCAAAAGGAUCUUAACUCGAUGCGUUAUGUCAUAGAAGAUUUGCAUAUUGGUCAUCAACGAAUUUACCUGUAUGAAGCUGUAUGCCGUCUUAUGGCCGGAGUAGCACCUGGACCUACACAACAACUUUUGGAUCGCAGUUUGAGGAAUAGAACUCUUAGAUCAUCCGUUAUAUGUGGAGGAAAAGAUAAAAGCAAUAACUGUGUAGGAUUUCAACGUGAAAGAGCGACAGCACUUUAUAUUGCAUGUAAGUAUUUACCAAAUGCGUUAAUUUGUUCGCCGGGAGAACGAGUUGGAAUGUUAGCUGAAGCUGCCAAAACUCUGGAAAAGCUUGGCGACAAGCGAAAACUAAAUGAUUGUUAUAAGUUAAUUAAAUUUUUUGAUAAUAGCAUCGAUGUAAUCGAUUAAAUUAAAAUAAGUUAAGUCGCA